CGGUUCAGAGGGGUGCGAACCUGCCUGGCUCUCCUGCUAUGACCUGGGGGAUAAGGUGGUGAGAGGUGGUUCUGUGGACCAGAGGGAUGCCCACCGAGAGGAUGAAGCGACUCUGCAAGUUCAUCCAGAGGUCCCGAGCGGCCGCUGCCACGGCCGCCGCCACCGCUGCCACUGCCGCUGCUGCUGAGACCUCAGGUCAUGUCUCUGGGGGGUCCCCAGCUGCUGAGAGGCUCCGUUACAUCCUGGGGGAUGAGGGUGGUCUCCCCACCCGAACCCUCUUCACGGAGAUGGACACCUUGCAGCAUGAUGGUGAUGAGAUGGAGUGGAAGGAGGCAGCCAGGUGGGUAAAGUUUGAAGAGAAGGUUGAAGAAGGAGGUGAGAGAUGGAGUAAACCCCAUGUGUCCACACUGUCUCUGCAUAGCUUGUUUGAACUCCGAACCUGCCUCCAGACUGGAACUGUGCUCCUGGAUUUAGAUAGCUGCUCCUUACCACAGAUCAUAGAUGAUGUUGUCAAGAAGCAAAUAGAAGAUGGACUUCUGAAGCCAGAGCUGAGAGACAGAGUCUGCUACGUCCUCUUGAGAAAACAUCGGCACCAGACCAAGAAGCCCAUCCACCGCUCACUGGUGGACAUUGGAAAGUCUGUCUCAUCCACUUCCAACCGGACCCCAGCACGGAGCCCUGCAGCAUCUGGCCCCAAUUUGCACCACUCUUCUGAAGACUUGUGGACCAGGCAGAACACCAGCUAUGGACAACUGCAUCACGCCCAGAGCCGGAGCAUGAACGAUAUUUCAGACUCCCCAAACCCAAAUCAGCUGAAAAACAAAUUCAUGAAGAAGAUCCCCAAGGAUUCGGAAGCUUCCAAUGUGUUGGUGGGGGAGGUCGACUUUUUGGAGCAACCUUUCGUCGCUUUUGUCCGUCUCAUCCAGUCCACCAUGCUGGGAGGUGUGACGGAGGUGCCUGUUCCCACCAGAUUCCUGUUCAUCCUGCUAGGCCCUUCUGGGAAAGCCAAGUCCUACAAUGAAAUUGGCCGGGCCAUUGCUACCCUCAUGGUGGAUGAUCUUUUUAGUGACGUGGCCUACAAAGCCCGAAACCGAGAUGACCUGAUUGCCGGCAUCGACGAGUUCCUCGACGAGGUGAUUGUCCUUCCUCCUGGAGAAUGGGACCCAAAUAUCCGGAUUGAGCCCCCAAAGAAAGUUCUCUCUGCCGACAAGAGGAAAUCUGUGCUCUCUCUGAAUGACCUGGGACAGAUGAAUGGCUCCGUGGGAGGUGGAGCUGGGGCUGGAGCCGGAGGAGGAGGUGGGGCAGACAGUGGCGGUGAAGAUGGAGAGACACCAGCCGUUCAUGAAAUUGGAGAAGAGCUCGUCUGGACUGGGAGGUUUUUCGGGGGUCUGCUCCUGGAUAUUAAGAGGAAGCUGCCCUGGUUCCUGAGUGACUUCUAUGAAGGGUUUCAUAUCCAGUCGAUCUCUACCAUCCUCUUCAUCUACCUCGGCUGCAUCACCAACGCCAUCACCUUUGGCGGGCUUCUGGGGGAUGCCACGGACAACUACCAGGGGGUGAUGGAGAGCUUCCUGGGCACCGCGAUGGCCGGCUCCUUGUUCUGUUUCUUUGCUGGACAACCUCUUAUCAUUCUCAGCAGCACUGGGCCUAUUCUGAUCUUUGAAAAACUCCUGUUUGACUUCAGCAAGAGUAACGGCUUCGACUACAUGGAGUUCCGCCUCUGGAUAGGCCUGCACUCCGCCCUGCAAUGCCUCAUCCUAGUGGCGACGGACGCCAGCUUCAUCAUCAAGUAUAUCACACGCUUCACGGAGGAAGGCUUCUCCACCCUCAUCAGCUUCAUCUUCAUCUAUGACGCCAUCAAGAAGAUGAUCGGUGCCUUCAGUUACUACCCCAUCAACAUGAACUUCCAUCCCGACCUCAUCACCUUGUACAAAUGCGAGUGUGUCGCCCCCGAUACAGAAAAUACAACGAUAUUCAAUGCUUCAGCUGCACUCACACCAAACAACACUAAUAUUUCUCUGGACGAUUCUCUUAAUGUGACAGCUCUGGACUGGUCCCAGCUGAGCAAGAAGGAGUGCCUGAGGUAUGGAGGGAGCCUGCUGGGGAACUCCUGCCAGUUUGUCCCAGACCUGGCACUCAUGUCCUUCAUCCUCUUUUUCGGGACAUACUCCAUGACCCUGACCCUGAAAAAAUUCAAGUUCAGCCGCUAUUUCCCUACCAAGAUGCGGAAGCUCAUCAGCGACUUUUCCAUCUUCAUGUCCAUCCUCACAUUCGUGGCGCUCGACAGUUUCUUUGGGCUCAAUACCCCGAAGCUUCAGGUGCCAACGGUGUUUAAGCCUACCCGGGCAGACCGAGGCUGGUUCAUCUUCCCCUUCGGAAAGAACCCCUGGUGGAUUUAUCCGGCCAGUACCCUCCCUGCCCUCCUGGUGACCAUCCUCAUCUUCAUGGAUCAGCAGAUCACCGCCGUCAUCGUCAACCGCAAGGAGAACAAGUUGAGGAAGGCUGCAGGCUACCACCUGGACCUCUUCUGGGUGGGCAUCCUCAUGGCUGUGUGCUCCUUCAUGGGCCUGCCCUGGUACGUGGCUGCCACCGUCAUCUCCAUUGCCCACAUCGACAGCCUCAAGAUGGAGACCGAGACCAGUGCCCCUGGGGAGCAGCCGCAGUUCCUGGGGGUGAGGGAGCAGAGAGUGACGGGCAUUGUCGUCUUCAUCCUGACGGGAAUCUCUGUCUUCUUGGCUCCCAUCCUGCAGUACAUCCCAAUGCCUGUGCUCUAUGGAGUCUUCCUCUACAUGGGUGUGGCCUCCCUCAAUGGCAUCCAGCUCUGGGAACGCUGCAAACUCUUCCUGAUGCCGGCCAAGCACCAGCCCGACUACGUGUUCCUGCGCCACGUGCCCCUGCGCCGCAUCCACCUCUUCACCCUGGUGCAGAUCCUCUGCCUGACCAUUCUCUGGAUCCUCAAGUCCACCGUGGCUGCCAUCAUCUUCCCUGUGAUGAUCUUGGGUCUCAUCAUUGUGCGGAAGCUGUUGGACCUGGUCUUCUCCCAGCAUGACCUGGCCUGGAUUGACAACAUCAUCCCCGAGAAGGAGAAGAAGAAGGAAGACGACAAGAAGAAGAAGAGGAAAGGGGCCCAGGACCACAGCAGCAGCAGCAGCAGCAGUGAGGAGCCCCAGUUCCCUUCUCCCUCAGUCAUAAAGAUCCCCAUGGAACCUGUCCAGUCAGAUCCCCAAAAUUGCAUUUCCAAACAAAGAUCUUCCAGCUGGAGUUAUUCCCUCUGACCCCUUCCUCAGCGACUCUGACGCAGAUCGAAGCAUCACCUUACACUUGAAGAUUUCCUGCCCGCCUUCACCUGCCUUCAACUAUUCCCGAAGCCUAGGUUUUCCAAUGCCACAAGUGAAGAUUGAGAUGGAGUCAGACUAUGAGCAUGAUGGAGAGAAACAUCCCAGAGACAUCGGCAGCGAAACCACCCUGUAGCUUCCAGCGUUUCAGCCAUUACACUGUCCAGCCCUCAUCUCUGGGAUGCAUUGGCUAUCUGAGGGCCUGAUAGGGGCUUGGUUGUCUCUUAGAUAUGAGUCCACACACACACACACACACACACACACUCUCUCAUUCUCCUCUAGGGGCAGAAAUCUAGAUCCCUUUGACACGCCGCCACCCCCAGCACCAACCCACCUCCCUAUACUCCAAAAAUUUUUCUGCAGGAGCUGAGCUCUUACUUUCAUUCACCUCCUUCCCAUCAAUCAAGCCCCAGCUUCCCCACCCACCCACCCACUCCCACCCCUGUUCCCAAGCAAGUGACAGUGAAGUUCUUUAUAACUUUAGGAAGGGAUAGAAUCCAGAACCCUAGAUGGGGUCAAUAGAACCAGUCCCAUUGUUUGCUGCUCUGCCCUGCUGGCUCAGACACUAAAUACUGGUAUUCCCUGCUUCCAUUUCCAAAUCCCAAGCCUGACAGAAAUCUGGGCCGGUCGGACACACCCAUCCUCAGGGAUAUCCUCUGGUAUACAUUCUCCUGGGGGACCAACUCUGGGAUUUGCAGAAGAAGGAGCUGGGAUGGACUGCCAGCUCCACUCGGGAAUCUAGCAUCAAAACCUUGCAGUCUGGCCAACAGUUACCACAUGUACUGUGCAUGCAUGACUUAGAGACAU